UGUUUAUAGAGCCACGCCUGUUCCCACACACACCGCCGCCGUCAAGAACGUGCUUUAUUUAUCCGUUGUGGAGGUAGCGGAAGACAUAGGGAUUACUCACUUUCUUCACAUUUACUGGAGACGCUGACUUGACUUGCCGCCAUGGGCGUCACUUGCUUCCUACUGUGCUGUCUCGGCCUCGCCAUUACUGCUCAAGCUCAAGACUGUGCCAGACCUAUUGGAGGACCAAACAUGGUUUUGAAGGACAAAGACAUUCUUUUAGAAACGUUCCCAGAUGGGACCCAGGUUACUUUUGCCUGUGAAGUUGGCUACAUAUCUGCAGGAGGGUCUGCAAUCAUUACUUGUCAAGGAGGCGUUUGGACUCCUGUCAGGCUGCAGUGCGAGAGAAGGAACUGUGGUUCCGUUGAAGAAGUGGAAAAUGGAAAUGUUCAUUACCCCGAAGGGACGGACUUUGGUGAUAAAGCUGUGUUCACUUGUAACGAGGGUUUUGAUAUGGUUGGUAGAGAUACAAUAUAUUGUGGAGACCAAGGGUGGGCUGGCAGGCGGCCUACAUGUGAAGUGGUGAUUUGUGAUACGCCCCCUGCGGUGGCAAAUGGCAUCUUCAAGCCAGUCAGAGAAACCUAUUCCUACAGAGACGUCGUACAGUACACUUGUGCAGCAGGUUUCACACGCAAUGGAUCAAGUUCAACCGUAUGUUCAGUUAGUAGAACGUUUGAGCCUGCUCCUCCCUCGUGUAUCAUGGUUCGCUGCAGUGAUCCCAUAGUAGAAAAUGCUGACUUGACAGAAGGUUCACAACGCAUUUAUGGACACUUGGCUGCAGUGACAUUCAAGUGCAAAACUGGAUAUACGAUGACAGGAGUGAAUACCCAGAGGUGUGAGAUGAACAGUCAGUGGUUGCCUCCACUUAGUUGUAAACUGGUGACUUGUAAACUACCACCUACAGUUGAGAAUGGCUCCUUUAGUCCAAACAAAGCGUCCUAUAACUAUGGAGAAGCUGUACAGUACAGUUGCCAAAAAGGUUAUACACUCGAUGGAGAAAAAUCAGUCACAUGUUCAGAUAAAGGAAUAUUUACGCCUGGUCCUCCAACAUGUAUCAUGAUCAUCGUGAGUGUCCUCAUCUACAAAAAAAAACGAGGCUCUGGGAGAGGUGGUCCUGACAAGGAAGCUGCAAAAUCUGAAGAGGAAGUAGCACUCUCGUAAGUGGGCCACUCCUGUUGCUGCAACAUUACUGGUUGUAAAAUAACAGAAGAAGAAGGAAUUGCACUGGACUAGUCCUUGAAUGUAUUCGUGCUGUCCAUGUGCUUGCUGAUGGCACAGGCGUAUGAAACCCUGAAAAAUAUUUCUCAACGGCAAUCUGAGAUUCAGCAAUUUGAACUCAAUCCUUGUGCUUUGAAUGGUUCUUAUAAUACUAAUUUCCAUCUCUGAUAGACUGCUCAAAACUACUACUUUCCUUUUCUGAGUAAUCAAAUUUUGUGAUAUGUGGGAUUCUUACACUUUUACAACAUCAACAGUUUUUUCUGUAAUCAUGAAAGAAUGUGUUUUCAUGUUGAUCAGAGGCCAUGUUGAUUUAAACUUGCACUAUAUCUCAAGAGCGCAGCUCACCUUGGCCAAUAUAGCUCAGUUACACAGCUGGUUAAAAAUAAGCAAAAUGAGGAACGAAUGUUUGCAUGGUUCACCUUAAACUAACACCUAGCUAAUAAACCAGAUAUCUAGUCUUGUAGAGUCAACUUCCACCAUCACAUAUAUCAGUGGGAUAAAUUAAAGUCCCUAGUCUAGUGCCUGAAUAUAAGGCAUGUUCCAUAUGCCUUAAUACAGAAAGCCAAGUGUUUUAGCUUGUGUGUCACUUGUGUGUUUUGUCUGUGAAUUAUAUACAUAUACACAAAGUUGUUUGGGUUAGGGAGGCUUAAUUGUGAGCCUUCCUUAACUUAAUGUUUAUGCUAAAGAAUUUGCUUUUUAAUGUUGGCACAUUGUUUUGUGCCAUGUAGCUUCACGAAAUUAAGUUUCUUUGACUUUUUUUUUUUUUUUCCCCCUCCCUUCAAACUGUUUUGUAGAUAUCUCUCUUGUCCACUGUUAUUUUCAGUUUAAUACCAUAAUGAGAGGAAUACUUUGAGUAUUUGGCUGCAUAAAAUGCGUCUGUUACACAAGGAUGUAUAGAAUGUGAUCCUGUAAAUUUUUGCACUUGCCUGGCUUUUUAGCUCUAUUUAUUGAUCAAAAAAUUUGUGUGAACAUCUUUAAGAUUUUUGUGUUUUGAGGAGACAGGUGAAGAAUUGCUAAUACAUUAGCACUACUUUUGUAAUCAAUUGGUGGAAUAAAACAACAAAGAAGACACCA